AUGUCUGUCAAGUUAGUGGUUGGAGAUUGCACCCUUAAUGUUGUUAGCGCUUACGCGCCACAAGCGGGCUUGGAUGAGGAGGCUAAACGACACUUCUUAGGAUCAAAGGCUAGGGAUACGAAUGGGUAUAAGUUGUGGUACUCUGAAGUCGUGAAGGGUAAGAAUGAAGUGGGUAUUUUAGUAGAUAGGGAUAUUAUAGAGUCUGUGGUAAAGGUUAGGUCGUCAGCUGGUGGUUAUGUCGAGGUGUAUGGCGGUUUUGGCUUUGGGGUUAGAAACGGAGGAGGAACCUCACUAUUGCAGUUCACGAAGGCUUUCGAGCUGAUGAUUGCGAACUCUAGUUUUUCGAAGAGGGAGGAGCAUCUGGUGACUUUCCAAUGUAUUGUGGUGAAGAUUCAGAUUGAUUAUUUCCUCCUCAUAAAGUAUGAUAGGGGGUUGUACGAGGAUUGCAAGGUUAUCCCAGGAACUGGGGGAAAAGUCGGGGAUAAGAAGUUAUAUCAGAUGGCUAAGGUGAUAGAGAGGAAGGCUCGAAACCUGGACCAAGUGAGGUGCAUCAAAGAUAAGGAUGGUAGAGUGUUGAUAGGGGAGGCUCAAAUUAAGCAGAGAUGGCAGACUUACUUUUAUGGACUUCUGAAUGAAGAAAGGGACAAGGAUAUUGUGCUAGGCAAUCUGGGGCAUUCAGAGAGUCUCUGA